AUGGCAGACUCAGAGGUUGCGCCAAUCCUUAUUCCCGCGCCCAACGGCCCGUAUGCUGUCGGCUAUGGCACAGCAAAGGUCCCAGGCUACCAACGACCGAUCAUGAUCUCGCUAUUUUAUCCAAUCGAGCGCACAGCUGCUACACCACCAACCGCAGUUCCGUACAUGCCCCCCUUGACAUCUAGCAUUCUGGACCUCGGAUUGUCUCGCGAAGGGCUACCAGAAGUGUUUAACAGGAUGCGCCUUCAGUCGUCGGAGUACGCAGGAGCAAUAAGUGAUGAUCUUAGAGAGUUCCCACUAGUGCUCCUCUCACCAGGUCUGACACUCAGUCGACAUCAGUAUAAUGCUAUGGCGCAAAGUGUUGCUUCCGAAGGCUACGCCGUAGUUACGAUGGAUCACGCAAAGGAAGCCAUGGUCGUCGAAUGGCCCGAUGGAACGCACACGAGAGGCAACAUCUCGCUCAACGUUGCGACGGACAACGUCGUUAAGCACGCACGGUUGUUGGAGACUCGUGUCAGAGAUGCCCGCUUCGUUCUGACACAGCUCGCAUUUCUUGGGGUGGUCAAGCAGCUAAUUCCCCAUUUUCCCCAUGCCAGAAGUCCGUUCGAUAGACAACGUGCAGCCAUCAUCGGGCAUUCCUUCGGAGGUGCAACGGCCGUCUGCACAAUGAUGCAAGACAGGCGGUUCAUGGGUGCGAUGAAUAUGGACGGAUCACAGUACGGGAUCUCGCGACCCGUUGAGCGACUCGUGGUCCUUUUCGGUCGUGGAGAACCUGACCCGCGCAACCGCCGCAACAAUUCUACUUGGGCACGUCUGCUUCGGUAUGCCAGGCGCCUCAGAGAAAUCAGCUUGGCGGAGAGUGCGCACCACACAUUCAGCGACUUGCCACUGAUAUUCAAGCUUGGCGGAAUUGCGAACGAAGAGAUGGCAAGAGAAUUGGCGGGGACAUUAGAUGGCGAGCGGUCAUUGAAAAUUGUGACAGCUUACAUCAAAGACUUCGCGGACAAGGUUUUGAAGGGUGAGAACGGGCAAUUGUACACAGGGUCGAGCAUUCUUUACCCCGAGAUCGAGCUCAUUAAGGGGCGUCGUCGGGCUUAG